GCUGGUGGGCAGAUUGGGGGCGCGUCUGCGGGCGGGUUUCAAUUUCAAACCCAAACAGUCCAAGGGACGAGCCGGGGGACUGUGUGAUAACGUUAACACCGACUGGUCACCGCGUUCACCCGUACUGUGGCGAUACUCGAGCACAGCCCCGACCGGCGCCGCUACCACCGGCCGUCAGCGCACAGCCUGCAGGAUCGGCGAACAAAAGUCGUCCGCUUCGCCUUCGCUCCAGUUUUCCGCGCCUGGUUGGUGUUCGGCUGACGAACGGGCGCUUGGCUUGUUUGCAGCAGGUGUUGACCGACCCGGACUCUGUGAAGCCUCAACAACACCACGAGCCUCCGCUACUGUUUCAACUCAUUUAAGGCAAUCAAGUCCUUUUCUGCGAGAAACAUGCCGAGGUCCAACAGGCAGCGAGAAUACAAGCCCGGAGAUCUGGUAUUUGCUAAAAUGAAGGGGUAUCCACACUGGCCUGCGAGGAUUGACGAGUUACCCGAAGGAGCCGUGAAGUCACCCUCCAACAAGUACCAGGUGUUCUUUUUUGGGACACAUGAGACGGCAUUCCUAGGGGCCAAGGAUUUGUGCCCAUACGAUGAAAACAAGGAGAAGUUUGGAAAAGCAAACAAGAGGAAAGGCUUCGCUGAGGGACUCUGGGAGAUUGAGAACAACCCCACCGUCACACAUGAAGACAACGAGUCAACAAAGAAAGACAAUGAGUCAGAAGGAGCAGGGGAUACAGAAAGUUUGGAGAAAGCAGAUGCCGAGGGCAGCAGUGAUGAGGAUGAAGGGGCCCUUGUCAUCGACGAGAAGAACGAGAGGGGAGGAGCUAAACGAAAAGCGGAGGAGUCCACAGAGGCAUCCCCCAAGCGGCCGAAGGAUACAGAGGCAGAGGGUGAUCCCAAAGUAGACCGCAACAAGUCUAAUGCCGAGGCCAAGCUCAACGAUGUGGCUGAACCCAAGGCAACUGCUCCCUCCUCAAAGAGCGAGUCAAAAGCAGAGGCCCAGGAAAACGCUCCAGCUGGAGAUAAGCUAACGGCAGAUAAGCCUGUGACAGACAGCGCUUAACGUCAACUCUCAGAAUGAAAACCAAGAACCUUUGACGCUUUUGUCUGGAAUUUAAGCAUCAACAUGUUUACCAGCUGGAUGCCAGAUUUCAGCUGUUUAAUUAAUAGAAGAAUUUUAAAACCUAAGUGUUUGUAUUGAGGGACAAACAAAUCUUCAUUUGCCAUUUUUGGGAUAUCAUAUAUCCCAGAAACCAAAAGUCUGCUAAUCUGAUUUCAAACAAUUGAACUGAGAACUUUAAGGCUCGUUUAUAAAUGGGAUUUUGGUGUGUAUAUAUUUUUUAUUUCUAAGUGCAAUUACAUAAUUACAAAGACUGAGUGCUAGGUGUCAAAAACAUUUUUCAGUUCGGAGGGAAUAAACACUUAAAUAUAUAGUAAAUUAAAAAAGGAGAACAUUUAAACCAUAAAAAAAGAUAAAUACUCUCAUCUGAUGGUUUUAAAACAUAGAUAUUGUAAAGGAAUAAGAACAAACUUUCACCCAUGCUCUCAUCUUUAGAUCAUAAAAUAUACGUUUUACUUCCAUUUGUUUCACCUAGCUUAUCAGCUUCAUCUUAAAUCAUAUAUUCAGUCUUUGGAUACAUGAUGAGUUGCACUUUCAGGUUUUGUUUUUUCCCUGCCAUUGUCUAGUUCACUGUAUGAUGUUUUAAUGCAACACAGGUUUUGUUGCUGUGGUGUAGUGAAUGCUUAGUUUGCAGGUGACCAAAAUUUACGUGAUUCAUUACCAGAUUUAAUAUUUAAAGCCCAUUUGAGAAGAACUAUUGUAGGAUUAAAACACUUUUAAACCCUUCUGUAACUUUCUUCAGCUUUUGAUUGUUGAAACAGAAAGACAUUCCUGAAUGUUUUUGUGUCCGAGCUCGGUCUUGACACUUUGGCGGAGGUGGAGCUGUGGCGUUUGUUAGGGGUCAAAUUUAUUUGUCAACACUUUCUGGAGAAAUUAUUUGGCAAACUUUCAAAUCCAUCAACUCAAAUCUCAAUUUCAAGUUAUUACAAGUUCUUAUAAGCGUUACAUUCAGAUAUUUUUCAACUGUAUUGCUGACAUCGUCAAUGCCAACAUGUGAUCUGUACAAAUUUUGAUUUUUGGAAGAAAUUAAAAUGAGAAGACUCUACACGGAGAAGCAUCUGUAAAACUUUGUUUUCUGAACUUUUGGUUUCCGACCAUUUAAACUGGAAUAUGAGUCUGUUUUUACUUCAAUGGUCUUAUUAUUUUGGCUGUGAAACAAAGUUGUGAUGUUUUAAAGGUGUGUUUUAUUUCAACAUUUGUUUAGACAACAUGUUCAAUAUGUGGUGUUUGUUAUUUUCCACUAUCGGUAAUUUUUAAGGUUCAAGUGGCUUUUGUAAUGCUCGGCCUGCUCACCAUGUUACUUGGAUGUCAUUGUUAUCAGAUUAGUGUUCCUUCCUGUAUUUGGCAACAUGAGCCCGCAGGUGAUCAAACCAUAAACUUAAGGGAAAUCUCAACCUUUACCUCACCUCAACCUUUUUGCUGUGCCUAAAAUGGCUUAUACCCACCUAAAAACUACCACUGAUUUCUAACAAUAAAACGGUCAAAGUGGCCUACUCAUGUCUGGAGUUAAUUCCAAGGGCAUGAUUGGGCAUUACGGUGUAAUUCUUGGUUAAGCUUUAUCUUUUAUUUCUGGAAGCUGUCAUUCAUCUUAAUCUGCUGCUUAGUUUACUGUUGUAGUUGCCAGUCCAUUUAAUAAACAUGUUGAUU